CGCUGUCAAUCAGCCCGCCCACUGCAUCUGCUGCGCAAGGCGGACCACAACCCGCUGGACAGAUGCACGAGCUCACCAACCUAAUUCGGGCCAACUCGCACCGUCCGCUACCUCCGUACAUCCAUUCCAGUUGUAACCAAAAGAUUACUCUCCUCAGCAGUCAUAUGUCGAAUCGCGUCCCACUAUUCGUGAUGCCUAGUGUUUCAGUCCCGGCACUGGUGCUGUCCGUCUGAGAUGAUCAUGGCGGACCCCGACGUCGAUUGGUCCGCUGGGAACGAGGAACAGUUCUGGGAUGUUCUGGCCGAAAUCCUAUCUACGCCCUGCCCAACCCACGAGCUGCUUGACAAUGCAUUGCGGUCCUGGCUCCAGCUAGUCGCCCGAGCGAGGGACGAGUACCUCGACAGCGAAGAUGACAUUGCGCGUUGCUCCCAGCAGCUUCUAGACAGCGACAUAUUUGCCCAAAACAGCGAUUAUGUGCGGACCCAGAUUAUCUACAGUCUCCUGCAGGAGGACGAGUUUGCGCCGCUCCACGGCAUUGCCAACUUCCUUCUCCUUGACGGCCGUACUGAGGAGUCUACGUUUCGGCGCAUGAUAGACGAGGGAUGCUUCAUACGACUGCUUGAAUUGAUCAAAGGGUGCGGGGGGAGGGAUACCCGUCUGCACCGCCUUCUGCUGCAACUACUGUACGAGAUGUCCCGGAUUGAGCACUUGCGCACUGAGGACUUGUUGCACGUGGAUGAUGGCUUUGUUAUGCACCUCUUCCAGCUCACCGAGGCCCUAUCUGAUGAUGUUAACGACCCAUAUCACUAUCCUGUUAUUCGAGUCCUGCUAGUGCUAAACGAACAGUACAUGGUUGCAUCCACUUCAGCAGCAGUAGACCCUACGUCUCCUUCUGCCCCCAUGACGAACAGGGUCAUGAAGAUUCUCAGCGUUCACGGGCCGUCGUUUCGGACGUUUGGAGAGAACAUAAUCCUGCUUCUGAACCGAGAAACCGAGACGUCGCAGCAGCUCCUCAUUCUCAAGCUCCUGUACCUUCUCUUCACCACAUCGGCGACAUACGAGUACUUUUAUACUAACGACCUGCGAGUCCUCCUGGACGUCAUCAUCCGCAACCUCUUGGAUCUCCCGGCUGAGGCCAACGUCUUGCGGCACACAUACCUGAGGGUGCUUGCUCCCUUACUUGCACAUACACAGCUCAGCCAACCGCCUCACUACAAGCAAGAACAGAUCCUUAGCCUCCUCGACAUAUUGCGCGGCUCGGGAAAUGUACACUUCUUGCCGCCCGAGCCGACGACUUUGCGCCUAGUCGAGCGAGUAGCAAAGACCCCGUGGCUGGUCGAAGAGUCCGAAUCCCCCAGCGCGAGCCCCGUGGACAGCCUGUCGCAUACCGAUGCAGAGACGGGCAGCACCGUGAGUGCCAUUGCCAAUGUAUCCGAGAAGCCGGGGGUCCAAACGCCCAGCCUCAAGUCAGGCACGGGGCUGGAACAGAAGCGCAACCCGGCGGCGCGUGCCGGGGGCAGCCCGCCAAGACCUCCGCCGAGGACCCUAAAAGCUCAAAAGUCACUGCCAGAAGUGCCCAAACACCGUCACGGUGUCCCCGUGGCCCACUCGAUGGAUUCUAAUCAGUCCACGAUCACGAAUUUAGGCGCCAACGGAACGGGGCAGCCAAAGAGGCUGCCGCCCAAGAUCCCGCCUCCUCGAAGGAGAGCCAAGGUAAUGGCUACGGUGAGCGGUGAUAGCCGGGCUGUGGCCGAGCCGCUCCCGGCAACUGCUGGGUCUGCAGCGGUUUGAGAAAGGCGCGGGAGGUUGCACGGCCGAGGGUUGGCCGUUGUGGUUUGCCUGCUUGCAAAAAGCAUAGAAGCCGGGCGCUGGAUGGAGGAGGCUGAUACCCCCCGGAGUUCGAUUAUUGUCUGAUCUAUAGUACUGGUGUCAAACGAGCGGCAGCACAAAGAGUGGCUGGUUGGAUCAUGGAGCGCUUUGGGUGUCAUGAACAUUUGAUGGAUGGCAGCACAGGACAUUGGAAUGAGCCGUGUACUGGCAUGAAUGACUAUGACGGACUGGGCAUGGCGGGGCGUUUCAGCGUCAACUUAGGUACCUUACAUUGCCUAUGGAUGUAUAUACUUAGGGGAAGAGCCGAAUAGUGGUAAUCAUUGCAUGUUUCCUCUGCUGUUUCAUUUAGAGCUCGAUUCAAUAUGUCGAACAACCUUAUUUGUAGUUCCUCUCAACGUU